AUGGCAAAAUUACAGAAUAUUCCAGAGAUCAUCCUUCUUUGCAUGGAGGAGAAGUUUAUCACGGCAUUCAACGAAGCUCUCCCGAUGCAAUGGCCAUCCUUCGCAGAAAACCCGAAGAUCAAGAUUAACGUGCUGAACAUGGGACUCCAUGCGGUCCCUACCACGACCAAGUUCCAAUUAGUUGUCUCACCUGCCAACUCGUACGGCCGCCUAGAUGGUGCCUUUGAUGAUGCGAUCUCAUGGAACUUCUGUCGUCCAUAUCAUCCUUAUGACAUGCUCACACGCGCAGCGCAGCAAGUUCUCUACGAAAAAUGGAGAGGCUUUGCGCCCCCAGGAUCUUGCACGCUGGUCCCGUUCCCUAAAGAUGUGGCAGGCACAAAUGCGUGGGGCUGUAAAUGGGUAGCGAUUUGUCCGACCAUGAGAGCUCCAGAUAUUGUUACGUGGGACCGAGAAGUAGUGUAUGAGUGUGUGUGGAGUUUGUUAUGUCAAGUGGAAGGCUGGAACCAUGACCGAUCCAAGGACAGGAUUGAUACUAUACUGAUAACACCACUGGCAACAGGAGUUGGACGUGUAAGUCCUGAGAGAUGGGCAUCACAGUUUAUCCUAGCAAUGAAGCAUUUCGUGGAUGCGUUGGAACGGCCGGAGAGGUGGAGUCGCAUGGAAUGGGGGGAAAUUGAAAAGGAUGUGAUGGAGGUCGAAAAAACAUGGAAAGAAUAA